UCGUUGGUCUGCUCGGGUGUAUCGGCUGUUGUCUGCUAUAUGUUUUGCGAUCCAAUCUGAGUGUAGCCAUCAUUGCAAUGGUCAACGAAUCAAAGGUCAUGACUGAUGACAACAGUGCGACGACCAAUGAUUUGUGCUAUGAUUUGGACAGUCGUCAAAAUGAAACUAAAUUCAAAUAUAGUGGACCCAAAUAUGAUUGGUCGUCAUCGACACAGGGAGUUAUACUGGGCUCGUAUUUCUAUGGCUAUACUGUUACACAAAUGUUGGGCUCGUAUGCCGACCGUUUUGGCGCCAAAUGGAUGACCUGUUUGGGCAUUAUGUUGCCGGCACUUUUCAAUGCACUGAUACCGGUAUUAUCUCAAUGGCAUUAUGGACUGGUAGUUUUUAUGCGUGUGCUUAUCGGUGCCUUUCACGGUGUAGUAUACGCUAGUGUUUUUUCAUUGAUGGCCAAAUGGUUUCCGCAAACUGAGAAAAAUUUGGCCGUAAGCGGUACACUGUUUUUUGGCAAUUUUGGUGGUGUCAUUACUAUGCCAAUAGUCGGCUAUCUAUGCAAAGCCGACUUUCUGGACGGUUGGCCUGCGUCCUACUAUUUGACAUCAAUCAUACAUAUUAUUUGGUUUGUUUUGUGGUACUUUUUUGUACAUAACAGUCCAUCAGACGAUCCAAAUAUCAGUGUUCAAGAGCUCGACUAUAUUACCGAAAACAAUCCCCAGUCACACAAUCACAACAAACUGAUCAUUCCGUGGAAGUCUAUAUUCCUGUCCCGACCGGUUUGGGCAUCAAUUAUGACCAGAAUGUGCGGUUCAUUUGGCUAUUAUUUGUUGUGCACCAAAAUGCCCACCUAUUUGGACACUGUGUUUGGUAUGUCUAUACAGUCUAACUCGUGGUUUAACUCAAUGAUGUACGGAAUGCUCUGUAUUUUUAACAUAACUGCCGGUCCUUUCUCUGAUUGGGUUCGCAGUAAGCAAUGGAUUUCGCAAACCAGAAAUCGCAAGAAUUUUCAUACAUUUGCACUGAUCACACCAGCCAUAUGUCUGAUACUGAUCCCAGUAGUUAAGUGUAAUAACAAUGCUGCCAUAGCAUUGAUGUUGAUAGGGAUGGCUGCCUAUGGAUUUAUAACGGGCGGUGAAUACGGUGUGGUACCAGAGUAUGCGCCCAACAUGGCUGGCACUGUGUUUGGUGUGACCAACACAUUGGCCUCGUCUACCGGUUUUGUUGGGCCACUGAUUGUCGGUGUAUUACUUGAUAAUGGGGGAGGUAAUGGCAUACGACAUCAAUGGGAUAUUGUUUGGUAUUUAUCGGGUGCUAUCUUUGCAUUUGGUGCACUGUCAUUUGAAUUGGGCGGUACAGCUGAACCACAAUCGUGGUCACUGAUAGCUAACAGUGAUAAUAGAAAAUCAAUUGAGCAUGAUGAUAUUUCUAUAAUAUCAAAAAUACAAUCUUACAAUAAAUUAAUGUCAUUUCGGAUUAAAACAACACAAGUAAUCAAUACAAAUAAGCCAUUAGUGCCAUGUCGUCUACAAAUAGGUAUAUUGGGAUGUCUAGGCUGUACGCUUCUGUACAUUUUAAGAUCUAAUCUGAGUGUGGCUAUCAUAGCUAUGGUAGAGGAAACAACAUCGGUUAGUGAGGACAGACACAAAUCACAAGAUCUGUGCUAUAAUGUUGACACUUAUAAUACAAGUACAGGUCAUGACAGUAAGGGUAUCUAUCAAUGGAAUGAUUCAGUACAGGGAAUAAUACUCGGAUCCUAUUUCUAUGGCUAUACGGCCACCCAAUUGUUUGGUUCCUAUGCCGACCGUUUCGGUGCCAAAUGGAUGGCCGGUUUGGGUAUAUUUGCACCGGCCGUCUGUAACGCUCUGAUACCUGUGUUGGCCAACAUUCACUACGGACUGUUGGUCUGUAUGCGUGUCCUAAUCGGUGCGUUUCACGGUGUAGUCUAUUCGUCAAUGUUCUCGUUAUUUGCCAAAUGGUUUCCAACAACGGAGAAAAACUUUGCAAUAAUGGGUACAACAUUUGCCGGCAAUAUCGGCGGUGUCCUAACAAUGCCAAUGGCCGGCUAUCUGAUAAAAACUGAUUUUCUACGAGGAUGGCCAUCAGUUUUCUAUAUGACAUCACUGGUACAUGUAAUUUGGUUUAUAAUUUGGUGUAUUUUGGUUACCAAUAGUCCCGAUGAAAACUCCAGAAUCACUGAUAGUGAGCUCAAGUAUAUAGUAGCCAAUAAUCCAAGUUCAAGAUCGGCCCGAAAUAUGACAAUUCCUUGGCGCAGUAUAUUGGCAUCCAAAGUGGUCUGGGCCUCGAUUAUUGUCAAAAGCACAGGUAGUUUUGGCUACUAUUUGUUGUGUACAAAAAUGCCCCAAUAUUUGGACAGCAUAUUCGGUAUGGCAAUACAUACAAACAGUUGGUUCAAUGCGCUCAUGUAUGUGGUACUGUGCACAACAUUAUUGGCGGGCAGUCCGCUGUCAUCAUGGAUACAGACUAAGGGUUGGUUUUCACAGACACGAAACCGUAAAAAUUUUCAAAGUUUAGCAAUGUUUGGAUGUGCUCUUUGUUUAAUACUUGUGCCGAUUGUUGAGUGCGAUAGCAGUGCAGUCAUUGCCUUAUUAUUGUUGGCAAUGUUUGUUUACGGGUUUAUUACAGGCGGCGAGUAUGGCGUUAUCGUUGAAUAUGCACCCGAUUUUUCGGGAACAGUAUUCGGUGUGGCCAACACACUGGCCUCGGCCACAGGAUUUGUUGGACCUAUGAUUGUCGGCCUAUUGCUCGAUCACAGGGAAGCUACCGGUGCUCGACAUCAAUGGAAUACUAUAUGGUAUUUGUCUGCCGGUAUCUGUUUGUUUGGCGGCCUAUUCUACGAAUUGUUCGGUACGGCUGAACCACAGGAGUGGGCGGUUGUCAACAAUAGAGAAGAUAGAUAUAGAUCACCGAAAAAAAUUAGUAUUGUAUCACAACAUUUGUUUUGCGAGUAA